GGUCUCCCCUCCCCCUGCACACAGCCCUGAGCUGAGGAAGUCAUCCAAACCCCACCCCAGCUCUGCACAGAGAGCGGAAAUGUUUGUCCUUGUUGAGGCUAAUGGGGAGAGGAUAGAGCCAUGACGUUCUUCUUCCUGUGGGGGAAGAUCCUGAUUCCUGAACAGCCACCCCUACAGCCUCAAGGUCUCCCCAUAUACCAGGCCUCUGCAACUUGCUCACAGCUUCAGAGCCAGUCUUCAGAAGGGGAGAAAUGGACAGUGGCUCAAGAGCCCUGGUGUAGGGGAAUACCUUUCUGACCAGAGCCCCUCUCUACAUCUGCCCCCUCAGUACAGGGGUUCUAGGCCCCUGUUAUCUCCUCUUGCCUGAUGACCCAGGCACCCCGCACACAGCAUGUACUGUGUAGUAACACUUCCAAGUUAAGCCAGAGCCAGGACUGGAAGGAGGAAACCAAAAAACAGGAGUGCCUUCCCAGUAACCCAGGGCAACUCCACAACACAAGGGGCCAUUACCUUCCCGUCUGCCAGUCAGGCCAGCUGGGUGAGGAAGGGCUGUGGAGCUAGGAGAGAGUUUGGAGGCCAAAGGCUGCAGGUGACUCAGUUUCCUGUGGGAGUUUCGGGAGAAGAGGGCAUUCAUCCCAGAACUAAUUCUGGAGGUAGGGCCAGAGGCCAACUGGAGAGGGUGGAAGGAGCUUCCUGAGUCACCUGCCUCCAUCCAGCCUGAACCAAUUGUAGGAGAGAUCUUUGUGCCAGCCACCCUAGAAGCAGGUAGGGGUUGAAGGUGUCUGGAUUCUAGACACAGGGCUAGAAGGAUCUGUGGGGUUGAAGGAGUUGGUCUGUCUGUGUCUCCCUCUGGUUAGGGGUUUGAGGCACCACUAGGCUGAGGAAAACAAAGGGGAGGUUCAUCUCCCUUCUGCUGGAGAAGUCAGGUGGAAGAGAGAAAAGGAGGUGUAUUUAUUUAGAGCUCACUUAGCUAACCUCCAUAGGGCCCAAGGGAAAGUGGAGCUCAAGGGGACAGGGGCAACCCCAAGAUGAUAGUCUGAGCAGCAUCGCUUAUGUCCCUAACAGCCCUUAAUCCUCUAAGCACCUAGGAAUCCACGCAGCUGGGGACAAUUUGAUUCACCUGUCCCAAAAACACAGCCGGCAGGUCCAUGGCUGGCAGGUCUGUGCCCCCAGGACGCCAGGAGGAGGAUACUACCAAAGACCCCGGGCUGAAACUAUCACCGGUGAGGCCUCCAGGCCACCUGCCCAGUAUUGAAGAGGCCCGACUAGCAAGUCUGGGCCCAGCCUCCCGCCGUGGCUCUGUGCUGGGCCCAGCCUUGUCCUUCUCACGCCGCAACUCGCUGGCCGGACCAGGCGUGGGUCCUGGGGGUCGGCGACCAUCUCUGGGCCCAGUUCCUCUUUUGGGCUCAAGGGUUAGCUUCUCUGGGUUGCCCCUAGCGCCCGUGCGUCAGGUGGCACCCUCCUACCGCACAGAGCCAGUGCCAGGGGAGCGCUGGGAAGCCUCGCGCUUACAGUGCGCCCUGGAGGCAGCGCUGGCGGCGAGGCUGCACAAUGCGUGCUACUCGGGUGCGGAGGCCGGGCCUCUGGCCCAGGAGCUGUGCGAGUUGGUACGCGUGCGCCUGCGUGAGAUCAGUCCCCCACGCUACAAGCUAGUGUGCAGCGUGGUGCUGGGGCCGCGCGCCGGCCAGGGCGUGCACGUGGUCAGCCGCGCGCUCUGGGACACCGAAUGCGAUGGUCUGGCCUCCGCCGCCUUCACCAACGCCUCGCUCUUCGCAGUGGCCGUGGUCCAUGGGCUCUACUACGAGUGA